CAUACCAAUAAAACAAAACACGCGUCAAAAUCCAACUCGGCACCGACACGUUUAUUUCAGAGACAAUCUCGGCGCACGUUGCUAACCUGCACUCCCUUCUCUCUCCCUCGUUCAUUUUUCAACACCUCUCUCUCUGCAAUAUUCCCUUCUUCAAUCUCCAUCUCUGUAAGUCUCGAAUCCCCCCUCUUCUUCAUUCCAUCCAAUCAACUCCAUUUUCAUUUUUGUUUCAAAACUCAUUAUCGUUUCAAUUAUUAUUUACCACCUUAGCUUCAAAAUCUUGUUCAGAUUAAUCUCUAAUCCUAAUCAUACUUCUUAGGUUUAGGUUUUUAUUAAGAUUUAGGGUUAGGGUUAGGUUUAGGUUAAGAUUUGAUGAACAAAUGUAUUCUUGAUUGAAUGCAAAUGAGACGGCGCCCUGUGGCGGGCGUUCUCCCUGAUCAAAUGGAAAAAGGGGGAUCAAAGAAUCAAACUUCACGCCUUUGUUGUUUAGCUUCUUUAUCCGCUUUUCUAUGGAUUUUUCUAUUAUACUUUCAUUUUGUCUUCCUUAGAGCUGAUAAUACUACUACUACAAAUACCACUCAAUUUGUUGAUGAUCACAUUACCAAAUCAACACCUGUUUCUGUUAAUUUUGAUGAAUCUACAUCAAACCAUGAUGUUAUUGAUAAACCUCGAGUGAAAUCAUCGCAACCGCCUCCCAGAAAAAUUGGGUUUCCGGAGCCGGUUGCAAUAAAGAGUGACACCCCUGACCCUGAGAAGGAGGAGAAGAAGGAGGAGAAGAAAGAGGAGGAGAAGAAGGAGGAGAAGAGUUUUCCUUUUAUGAAAGCGUUGAAAACCGGUGAAAAUAAGAGUGAUCCUUGUGGGGGGAGGUAUAUUUAUGUGCAUGAUCUUCCUUCAAGGUUUAAUGAGGAUAUGUUGAAGGAGUGUAAGAGUUUGAGUCUUUGGACUAAUAUGUGUAAGUUUACUACCAAUGCUGGUCUUGGGCCGCCACUUGAGAAUGUUGAAGGGGUUUUCUCCGAUACGGGUUGGUAUGCGACAAAUCAGUUUGCUGUUGAUGUUAUAUUUAGUAAUAGGAUGAAGCAGUAUGAGUGUUUGACUGAGGAUUCUUCAAUUGCUGCUGCGAUUUUUGUUCCGUUUUAUGCUGGGUUUGAUAUUGCGCGUUAUCUUUGGGGUUAUAAUAUCUCGAGGAGGGAUGCGGCUUCACUUGAUCUGGUUGAUUGGCUUAUGAAGAGGCCGGAGUGGAGUAUCAUGAAUGGGAAGGAUCAUUUUCUUGUUGCGGGAAGGAUAACAUGGGAUUUUCGGAGAUUGUCUGAGGAAGAAACGGAUUGGGGGAAUAAGCUUCUGUUUUUACCGGCAGCGAAGAAUAUGUCCAUGCUUGUGGUAGAGUCGAGUCCAUGGAAUGCAAAUGAUUUUGGGAUUCCUUAUCCUACAUACUUCCACCCUGCAAAAGAUGCUGAUGUGUUCAAUUGGCAGGACAGAAUGAGGCAUUUAGAGAGGAAGUGGCUUUUCUCAUUUGCUGGAGCUCCCCGUCCUGACAAUGCCAAAUCAAUCAGGGGUCAGUUAAUUGAGCAAUGCAGAAGUUCACCGGUUGGUAAGCUUUUGGAAUGCGACUUCGGUGAAAGCAAAUGUCAUUCUCCCAGUAGCAUAAUGCAGAUGUUUCAAAGCUCACAGUUCUGCUUGCAACCUCAGGGUGAUUCAUACACUCGAAGGUCUGCCUUUGAUUCAAUGUUGGCUGGCUGUAUACCUGUCUUCUUCCAUCCAGGUUCGGCAUACACACAGUAUACUUGGCAUCUUCCUAAGAAUUAUACCAAGUAUUCUGUCUUCAUUCCAGAGGACGAUAUUCGUAAGAGGAAUAUGAGUAUAGAGGAAAUACUUGGUCAGAUACCUCCUGAACAAGUGAGGAUCAUGAGAGAAGAGGUCAUUGGUCUCAUUCCAAGACUAGUAUAUGCUGACCCUCGCUCCAAGUUAGAAACUCUUAAAGACGCAUUUGAUGUUGCUGUACAAGCAGUAAUUGACAAAGUUACACAUUUGAGGAAGGAUAUUAUUGAAGAUCGUAUCGAUAAAAACUUCAUUGAGGAGAACAGUUGGAAAUAUGCUUUGUUGGAUGAGGGAAAGCAUGAGGUUGGUCCUCAUGAAUGGGAUCCUUUCUUCUCAAAACCAAAAAAUGAUGGUAGUGGAGAGUCCACUGAUUCAUCUGCUGAAGCUGCAAAAAAUUCUUGGAAGAAUGAGCAAAGAAAUCCAUUGUAAAAGAAUGGGAAAAGAUUAUAUCACUGGCUGCAGUGAGGUUUAAUGCAGAUUGAGAUAUGCUUUCCCUGAUUUGAGGAAGAACUGCAAGUUAUUGUUGGAAUCUUGCUGUGAACUUACUGCUGAACAUGUGUCGAAGCAUAUUGAGCGGGCUUCUUUGUUGAAAACCCCGGCUUGGAGACUUAUUCUUUUGCUUUACACGUUUUUUGUACCGGUUUUCCUGAUUUCUGCUUCAUGUAUUCUACUUAGUGGUUUACUAGAAUGCAUUUUAUAAGGUUUAAAAUUUCUUUUAUGUAAUAUUUUUGUUCAUUUGAUUCAUAUAGGAAAAAUAAACAAAUUUAUCAUGGUUAAUGGUAAACACCAACAAGUUUGUCAUUGAAAUCAGGAAAGAACUUGUUUUGUUGGGACGUGGCUAUCUUUCGUCUUUUGAUAAUGGCGCUUUCAUUUGAGUA